GCACAUGCGCAGUAGCGAGGCUUCGGAGCUCUGCGCUGUGGCUGCUGGUACGCUUUCGGUCUGGGUCCUAGUUUCGGCCUUGAGGACGCCACACUGGCGGCUUUGACCCGUUUGGUUAUGGGUGGGCAGCACCUUGGGGCUCACAUGAGCCAGAACUAUCAGGCCUGCAGAGGCCGGGGCCGGGGCCGAGGACGCGACUUUUCUGGACGUCCGUCAGGCAAGAAGAAGAAGGGCGGAAACCACGUCCCCGAAAGGGUCUCGCUAUGUCUCGAUCCUCCUGCCUCAGCCUCCCAAAUAGUUGGCGCCUGGCUCUUUCAGACAGGGUCUCGCUAUAUUGUCCACGUUGGCUCUGAGCUCGCAAUCCUCCUGCCUCAGCCUACCAAGUAGUUGGGACUACAGCUCGCGCCACCUUGUGGGCUUUUAGGGUGUGCCAGGAAUUGAACCUGAGCCUCCCGUGUGGCCUGAGUCUUCCGAGUAGCAGUGUCUACCAGUGCAUGCCACCAGGUCUGGGCCAUGUCUUUAAAAAACAUCUCUUGUGCCUGUGGAUGCCCAGGAGGAAGCAUCGUUAAAGUCUCCUCCCACUGCCAUCAUGUCUAAGUAGAGCCUCCUAAAGAGUCCAAAUAGCUGUGAAAGCUUUUCAUUGGAAGGUUGAGAUUUCAGACAACCAAUGAGAGUCUGAGGAGCCAUUCUGAGCAAUGGGGAAUGCUCAUGGACUUUGUGGUAAUGAGAGAUCCAAACACCAAGUGCUCCAGAGGCUUUGGGUGUGUCACAUAUCCACUAUGGAGGAGGUAGAUACAGCCAUCAAUACAAGGCCACACGAGGUGGAUGGAGAAGUUAUGGAACCAAAGAGGACUACCUCAAGAAGAUUUUCAAAAACAUGGUGCCCACUUAACUGUGAAAAGAUCUUUAUGGUGGCAUUAAAGAAGACACUGAAGAAUAUUACCUAAGCGAUUAUUUUGAACAGUAUGGGAAACUUGAAGUGAUGAAAUCAUGACCAACCAAGGCAAUGGCAAGAAGAGGGGCUUUUCUAUUAUGACCUUUGAUGACCAUGACUGUGGAUAAGGUUGUCAUUCAGAAAUACCAUACUGUGAAUGGCCACAGCUGUGACGUAAGGAAAGCCCUGUUGAAGCAAGAAAUGACCAGUGCUUCAUACAGCUGUUAUGGUCAAAGUGGUUCUGGAAACUUUGGUUUUGGUGGCAGUGACAACUUUGGUCAUUGAGGAAGCUCUAGUGGUUAUGGUAGUUUGGUGGCAGCGGUGGUAGUGGUGGAUGUGGAGGUGACAUAAUGAUGGUUAUGAAGGAAGUUGCCCUAGUUAGCUUCUGGAGGAAGCAGAGGCUCUUAAAAUGGAGGACAGGGUUAUGGAAACCAGGGCAGUGGCUUUGGCAAGAAUAAUAGCUAUGACAGGAGUAGCAACAGGAGUGGCAGAGGUGACUUUGGCCAUGAUAGUGGAAAUGACUUUGGAGGUGGUAGAAGCAGCAGUGAUUUGGGCAUUUAUAAUAAUCAGUCCUCACAUUUUUGGUCCUCUGAAGGGAGGAGUUGGCUGAAAGUCUGUCCCCUCUGGUGGUGGAGGCAGUACUUUGCCACAUCACAAAACUGGAUGUGGGUGUUUCCAGCUGCAGCAGUAGCUUUAGUGGCAGAAGGUUUUAAUUACUACCAAGAAACAAAGCUUCCAGGGAAGUGACAGGGAAACUCUAAGUCAAGAGGCUUGUGAACUCAACCAAGCAACAUUGUGGCAGGGCCUUGCUGCUACCAUGGAGACAUGUUUUAGACAAUAAACCUUAAGGAUUGUAUUCAUGACUAAUUGUUUACUAGGUUAUUUCAGUUUCUCUUUGGUGGAGUGUGUGGCAUUCCAACUAAGGUUUUUAAGAUAAGUUUUUUGUUUGUUUGCCUCAUGCCGUUUAUAGUUAAAUUUAAAAGUCUGUUUAAGAUGCAGACUUUUUUAUUUUUAAAUGUGCUGUAUACAGCUAGUCUGCUUGGAAGCCAUCUUGGUAAACUUUCCCAACAGCGUGAAGUCAGAAUUCCUUCAGGAUGAUGCCAAGUUCCAUUUGAAAUAUGUUUACAGCCUGCUUGGGUAGAGAAACCAUUGUCUCCAGAGACCUUGGUGUAGUUGAAAAGAUAGUUUCUGUUGUGACUGCAGUUCACUAGUAAGUGAUUGCCCAAGCAGUCACAAAAUUACUUGGUUUUAAAAACGAUUGUUGCUACAACUUAUGUUGUAUAUCUAAAUUGAAUAACGGUCUGAUAAAAUUCUAGAUGGGAAUGAAGCUUGUGUAUCAUCCAUUAUCAUGUAUAAAGAGUUUUCUUAAAAAAAUAAUAAAACCACUCAUUUUAGGGGCCUGUAAUAUAAAGCUCUGCAUGUCUGAGAUCCUCUCUUUGCAUCUCCAACUCCAUCUCUUGCCACUCUAGCCCUCACUUUUCUGUUCUGCAGAUAUACUGAAUUAACCCUAGUUCAUUCUUACUCGUCCUACAGAAGUCAACUCAAAUACUACUUUUCGCCAUGACUUCCUGCUUAUUAAGUGAAGUCCACAGUCCCUCUUCUGUCUGGUUUUCUCUUAAAAUGUGAACUUGAAGUGCUCUGCUGAUUGAAUUUGAUGACAUCAGUUGUUUGAAGACUAAACUGUAAAGUGAAAGAAUUAAAUUUAAACUAUGUCCAUCAGUGUGUAUAUGUUAAUGGCAACUUGGUAUUUGGUACUGGGCUAGGUUUUAUCACAGAUAUAGAAGCUCUAGUCAUCUCUGGUUUUAGAUAAUACCUUAUUUGUAGAGAACUUUGUACUAUUUUUUUGCCUUGUAUGUGUUUUCAAAAUGGAGAAACAGCAAGAAGUAAAGUUUAGGUUGUUACUAGGUAGGGUCAAAUAAGUGGAGAGAGAGAACGCAGAGCAGAGAGAAGUGACAUGCUUUGUGGGUUGUGAAUCCCAUUUUCAAGGAGCCUUCAUUCUAUGCAGGAGGACAAAGCUUUACAUAUAACUUGGUUAACACAAAAUGUAUCUAAUAGGUGGAGAGACUAUCUCCCAGUUGGACAGCGGAUGCCUGGAACUCGUUUCAUUGCUUUCAAAGUUCCUUUGCGCAAGAGUUUUGAGAAGAAUCUUACUCCAGAAGAAUGCUUCUCCCCUUUGGAUCUUUUUAACAAAAUCCGAGAACAAGAAGAGGAACUUGGAUUGAUCAUUGAUUUAACCUAUACUCAACGUUAUUAUAAACCAGAGGAUUUUCCAGAAACUGUUCCUUAUUUAAAAAUUUUUACAGCUGGUCAUCAGAUACCCAAUGAUGACACUAUUUUUAAAUUCAAAUGUGCUGUUAAUGGAUUUUUGAAAGAAAAUAAAGAUAACAACAAACUCAUUGGCAUCCACUGUACUCAUGGUUUAAACAGGACUGGCUACCUCAUUUGCAGAUACUUGAUUGAUGUAGAAGGCAUGAAGCCAGAUGAUGCAAUUGAAUUAUUUAAUAGGUGCCGAGGACAUUGCUUAGAAAGACAAAACUACAUUGAAGACCUUCAGAAUGGUCCUAUCAGAAAGAAUUGGAAUUCUGGAGCAUCCAGGUCAACUGCUUUUGAAGACUCAGGACACCUCAUGGAACCAGUCUACUCCACAAAUAUGUCUGUUAACAAAGUACCUAGGUAUAACCUACAUCGGACUCGAGGUUACCCAACACCUUGGCAUUUCCACACCCAGUGCCCAAAUUUGCAGCAGCCAGUCAGAAAAUUUUCACAGAAUCCAUAUGUUUACCGGAGAGUCCCCAACCCUCCUCCUGGGCCCCCUGGAGAGAACUUUUCACAAGGGAGAUAUUCUUGGCAUGCGAAACCAGGUGCCAGUCAAGCACGCCAGAACAGUAUGCCCAGUCCUGAUGGAAUCCUCACCGUUACCAUGGACUCCUGUACCCAGCCUGUUGGGGACACACCUAGUGAUGCAAACCUUUCCUGGAAAUCUACCUGGAGACCAGAGCCGGGCUCUUUAAGAUAGCUGGAGUGACUUUAAUCAGGUUAAAUGAGGGUUUUUAAAUCUAUUUUAUUGUUCCCUUUUGUGUUCAAGCUCAAGGGAAAAUUAUACUGAUAUUUACCUCUUUGGUGGUAAAUCUGCAGUAAUUACAGCAGUGCGGGAAGAAAAAAAAUCUGUCAUUCCAGGCUUAAUCUUUUUCUAAAGGAAAGUGGUAUUUUAGAACUGACAAAGUAUUAAGAACUUUCCUUACAAAUAUUUUUAAAAAUAUUUCUUUUCUGUGUAUUUCCUUCUGACUAGACUUGUGGUAUGAGUGUGUGUAUAUACAGAAAGUUUUAGUGUUUGUGUCUUAUUAUAUUAUUGACCUAGUCAUGAAGGCUAUUUCCUCCUCAACUGUUAAAAAUUUCUAUUAAAAUCUACCUAGAAGACCAUUUCUUUAGAAUCUUGCCACUAUAACUGUAUUUUUAUGAUUAAGUAUUUUUUUCCUUGGUAGAUGAUUAUGGGAUUUAAUCAGCUUUCUUUCUCUGAAUUGUCAUCUAACACAGAAAUGGAUAAACUUUUAGGCAUUGUUAGUUGAGUAAGAGACACUGAUAAAGCAAAGUUCUGCUUUAUUAAAUUACAGCAUGUAGUUUCCCUGACAGGGUGGUUGUCAUCAACUGGGGCAGAACUAUCCAGAAAACUUGAAACGUAUGUAAAGGUUGCUUAAUGAACAGAGUAAGGUCUGACCAUUAGCCCAGGAUAUCUGGGAAAACUGUGGUGUUACUGAACAACCGGGAUCUUUCUCCGGGUGCCUCCCAGUGGUGACUUACCUUGACUUUUUCUGAAUUGUCGAUUUUGCUGGUUUACCUCUGAACAUGCAGACACAUCCUUUUGGGAGGGUGUUCACAAGGAAGUGUCUCGUCAUCAUGACACAUGGUUGAGAUAUUUGAUGAAUACUUGGGCAACUUGGCUUCAUUUUUGUAAGCUUCUGGUUUUGAGGGUUUAUAUCAUAAAGUAUCUGAUACUACACUUGAUAGUUCUUUCUUUUAUAUGAACAUGUGGAACUGACCUCUAACUCACCUCUUCCUGUCUGCAUCUAAUUAACUCAGGUCAUCUAAUGAUGGCUCAUAGUUUUUCUCUACUACCACAUGUAGCCAAGAUACAGAAGUUCCUGCCAAAACAGUUCCCCAGGAACUGUUCCCUCAGAAAUCAUGAAGGCCCACUUGUAAAGAAACUGGAGAAAGACAACUAGUGAGGCAAAAAAGAACAACUAGUCUAAUUGUGUUGAAGAGCCCCUUGGCAAGCAGCUUCUGAGGACACUGCCAGCACAAGUGUCAUUGUAAGCACUGCCACCUUGAACAAAAUGUUCUUGACCUUAUUGUGCCCCCCUGUAGGCCCCAUUUCAGUUAUCAUGGCUGUUAAAGUCUCCAUCUGGGAGUUGCAGAGUCCUGCUAAAACACAAUGCUCUGUGAGGCUGACCCAUGUGGGGAGAUUCUAGGUUUGCAUCUGGUGACCUGCAUGAGUGUGCAGGGUACAUAGGUGCCCAUGAUCAGGGCUGGUUGAGGCUGGGGCAGAUUGCAGAGUGAAGGUCAUUUUGAGGUGCUGUCUCUCUCUCACUCAUGAAAGAAAUAUCUAAAAAAAAAAUGUUACUUGCAAAGUGAUGAAUAUUAAAUAAAGGAACUAGUCACCAUUUGA